AUGACUGAAGGUGGCAGUUUGCCAGACUGUGCUAAUGAAACAGCCCUCCUGUCCCUCCAAGGCAGUAUGCACAUUUUGACAGGGCCUUCCAGGAGACCUUGCACCAGUGCCUUAACACAAAGGUUAUUGUUGAAAGUUAUUGUUAAAAGAGGAGGCCAAGAUAAGCAACUUCUACACUGUCUGGCAGGUGUGGCUGCCAUUUUUCAGCAGGUGACACUGGGCAUCACCACCACUGACCGUGAACAUCCUAUCCUGAGGUCCUAUACUCAAGAGAGAUUUAGCGAAUUAGAUAGGCACACCACUGUCCAGGGAGGAUUAACAGCAUUACUUAGCAUUCAUAUGGCACUUAACUUUGUGUUUAUUGUCCAUUCUUUACAGAACCCCUGUGAGUUACCAUCACACCCCGGGAGGAGCCGCAGCUGCCGCAGCCAGCCCCAGUCACCAUCACCGCAACCAGGAGCAGCGAGGCCGAGACCCUGCAGCCGCCUGCCGCGCCCCCCACCCCCACCGUCCGCCUCCGCCGCCCCCGCCCUCAGCGCUGCAGACACCAAGGCCGGCACCACCCGCAGCUGCUUAGGGAGCGGCUGCCCGGGCGGCCUCACAUCGGCGGCGCCUGCCGGCGGGGAUAAGAAGGUCAUCGCAAGGAAGGUUUUGGGAACAGUAAAAUGGUUCAAUGUAAGAAACGGAUAUGGUUUCAUCAACAGGAAUGACACCAAGGAAGAUGUAUUUGUACACCAGACUGCCAUAAAGAAGAAUAACCCCAGGAAGUACCUUCGCAGUGUAGGAGAUGGAGAGACUGUGGAGUUUGAUGUUGUUGAAGGAGAAGAGGGUGCGGAGGCAGCAAAUGUGACAGGCCCUGGUGGAGUUCCAGUGCCAGGCAGUAAAUAUGCAGCAGACCGUAACCAUUAUAGGCGCUAUCCAUGUCGCAGGGGUCCUCCAUGCAAUUACCAGCAAAAUUACCAGAAUAGUGAGAGUGGGGAAAAGAACGAGGGAUCGGAAGGUGCUCCCGAAGGCCAGGCCCAACCGCCUUAACGCAGGCGACGGUUCCCACCUUACUACAUGCGGAGACCCUGUGGGCGUCGACCACAGUAUGCCAACCCUCCUGUGCAGGGAGAAGUGAUGGAAGGUGCUGACAACCAGGGUGCAGGAGAACAAGGUAGACCAAUGAGACAGAAUACGUAUCGGGGUUAUAGACCACGAUUCCGCAGGGGUCCUCCUCACCAAAGACAACCUAGAGAGGAUAGCAACGAGGAAGAUAAGGAAAAUCAAGGAGAUGAGACCCAGGGUCAGCAGCCACCUCAACGUCGGUACCGCCGCAACUUCAGUUACCAACACAGACGCCCAGAAAACCCUAAACCACAAGAUGGCAAAGAGACCAAAGCAGCCGAUCCACCAGCUGAGGAUGCGUCCGCUCCCGAGGCUGAGCAGGGCGGGGCUGAGUAAAUGCCGGCUUACCAUCUCCACCAUCAUCCGCUUUAGUCAUCCAACACGAAGAAAUGAAGAUGAAAUUCCAGCAAUAAGAAAUGAACAAAAGAUUGGAGCUGAAGACCUUAAGUGCUUGCUUUUUGCCCAUUGACCAGAUAAAUAGAACUAUCUGCAUUAUCUAUGCAGCAUGGGGUUUUUAUUAUUUUUACCUAAAGACGUCUCUUUUUUGGUAAUGACAAACGUGUUUUUUAAGAAAA